UCUCACAUCUUCAUCCAUUCAAUCGAUCAGUAGCUCUCGCUUUCUAAUCGCUCGCGGCGCGGAGAAGAUACCUCACAGAAGUUAACUAAUAGAUCCAACUGCCGUAACAAUGUCGACUGCGGCGGCGGCGGAGAAGAAUUUGAUCACCCUGAAGAGCAGCGACGGCGAGUCCUUCGAGGUGGAGGAGGCGGUGGCGAUGCAGUCGCAGACGAUCAAGCACAUGAUCGAGGACGGCUGCGCCGGCGACGUCAUCCCGAUCCCCAACGUCACGGGCGCGAUCCUGGCCAAGGUGCUCGAGUUCUGCAAGAAGCACCAGCAGCACGCUCCCGAUCGUCAAUCCGACGCCGACGAAUUGAAGAAGUGGGACGCGAGUUUCGCCAACGUGGGUCCGGACACCCUGUACCACCUGCUUCUGGCCGCGAAUUACCUGAACAUCAAGGAUCUGCUCGAUUUGACCUGCCAGACCGUGGCCGACAUUAUCAAGGGGAAGAAGCCGGAGGAGAUAAGGAAGUACUUCAACAUCAAGAACGAUUUCACCAAGGAGGAGGAAGAAGAGAUUCGCAGGGAGAACCAAUGGGCGUUCGAGUGAAAUUCAGUUUCGUAAUUGAAUUUUGAUGUUAUUAUUAUUAGGGUUUAUGUGUAUGGAUUCAGAGGAAUGGGGGCAACGGUCAUUUAUCAAACUUGCUUGAAUAAAAUUAGGGUACACUUUAUCAAUCUUAUCGUCGCGAUUGUUUCAGGAACUCGAUGGUAAUAUAAUCUUACUACUAGACUUACCUAACUAUCAUAUAGAGGUUGGAUUUCAUUGAGUUGAUGGCGCACUACUUCUCUUUGAUAAGCCUCAUCCGUGUUAAAUACUAAGAAAUAGACACAUGUUCUUGGUAAACCAACUUAAGAAACUGAUCAUGGCGCA